CUAUGUUGAAAUUGUUUGAUCUGAAGAAGCCUGGUGCAAAUAACGGGGGAGCAGGAGCAAGUUCUCCCAGGACCGGACCUUCUGCUGCAUACCUGAGAUUACAAAAAGAUUUGGCAGACUUAUCCCUCCCUCACACUUGUAAGACAGAGUUCCCAGAUCCCAACAACCUUCUCAACUUCAAACUCUAUAUCAUGCCCGAUGAGGGUUACUACAGAAACGGACGGUUUUGCUUUCAAUUCACGAUCAGCAAUAACUACCCACACGAACCUCCCAAAGUAAAGUGUUUGACACAGGUUUAUCACCCUAAUAUCGAUAUGGAAGGAAACGUGUGUCUCAAUAUCCUAAGGGAAGAUUGGAAUCCUAUAUUAGCUAUCAGUUCGGUCAUAUACGGCCUAAUACAUCUCUUUUUGGAACCGAACCCAGAAGAUCCUCUUAACAAAGAGGCUGCCCAAACACUCCAAAGCAACCGUCGCUUGUUCGAACAGAACGUCGCCAAGUCAAUGAGAGGAGGCUAUAUCGGCCAGAUGUACUUCGCUAGAACACUCAGAUAAAUCUUCUUUACUUUUGACUCGAGACGUCAAAAACAUACAAUCGAACAAAAUGAACAUUGUAAAUAAUUUGAGGUUGAUAUAUGGGACCGGUGGUGGGUGCGAGAGUGGUUUUUGGAUCUGUCAUAUUCGACGAUUUGAGAAGUGUUUUAAUUUUCUGUAAAGUUUAUCAUUAUGAUUUUAGCGUAUGGUUGCCAUGGUAUUUGGUAACCACAGUAUUGCCGUAGUAGGUCUAGGUAUUUUGUUUGGGUACGGUCAAUGAACUUAUUCUCGAACAACGGUGAUCUGAUAUUUUCCUCGACGAAACGACUUUAGUUUAGGAUUUGUGAAUUGUGAGCUAAAAUUAAUGUACCACCCUUCAUCAAAAUUGUAUUCUGAUGAUAACGACAUUUUUCUGCGGUAUUACAUCAUGAAGUUAUUUUGGAGAACUUCAUUAUAGUAUAGCUUUCAAAUAAUAACAAAGGUUUUAAAAACGUUGAAGCACAAAUAUCAAAUAUACAAGCAAGCAUAUGGGAUACAUUCAGAAAUCCUAAAAUGUAUCAGUUAUUAACAAAAAUUAAUUAAUUAAUUAAUUAAUUGGCGAGUCAGCAAGUUUGCACGAGUUCUCUGAUGAUAAGAUAUCCAAUUCACACUGUCUUCCAUACCAUGAUACCACUAAACCAUUAAAGAUUGUGGUUUUAAAUCUUCGUAUAAAAGGCUGUUCAUGGAAACAUGAAUAUUGGAUAAUCAUUCAAUGUGAAAGUCUAUUAAAAUUCCCACAAAAUCUUGUCAAUAAAACAGCACAAAAGUUUGAGAGUUUCUCUUUCGAUGAAGAUUUCUUUCAGCGCUCAUUUUCCAAGGACAGGUCCUCCUCGGUUAGUAUUUACCAUACCUAUUUUCUCCUUGAUCCCCUUAAGAGCUCCUUUAGUUCUUACCAGGACCACCGAAGGGUUGAUACAACUGAAAACAGGUCAAUUAAUUGGCUAAUUAGCAGGUCAAUUAACAUGUAUUUGAUUGGUUAAUUAGCUGAUACAAGGUUAGACAGGUGGCUGAUAUGUCAAAUGUUUUAGUAAAUAUUCUGAACUUAUUAUAUAGUAAUUUGAUGAAUUUUAUUUGAUAA